AUGAGCAGCCAACUGUUUCGUGUGGGUCUCUGGGUGGCCAAGGUGCCACAGCGGGCUCUCAGCACAUCUCCUGUUUGUGCCACCAGUGUCGUUCUAGAUCAGAAGCUCAGGGAUGAAAUUUAUCCAAAGAUUGGAAACCGGGAAGUGGUUGGUUUUGGGAUCAAUGGUUACGCCUCGUAUGUGGACAGGUGUGAAUUUCCCUGUCCAGCAAUUCGCUUCAAGGAAUCCACGCCAGAGAUUCUCAAACUGCGGGAGAAGGAGAAAGGGGACUGGAAGACGUUAUCGCUGGAUGACAAGAAAGCUCUGUACCGGGCCAGUUUCUGCCAGACUUACAGUGAGAUCAACGCCCCAACUGGAGAGUGGAAGUUCAUUCUGGCGGUGAUUCUGUUUGCUUUUGCUGGAAGCGGCUGGUUGGCAUUGUAUAUGAGAAAGUUUGUGUACCCCCCGCCAGUGAGGACACUCAACCGAGAAUGGCAAGAGCAUACGCUGCAGAGGAUGCUGGACCAGAACCAGGGGGCCAUAAUGGGAGUCUCCUCAAAGUGGGACUAUGAGAAGCAGGAGUGGAAACAGUAA